AUGGAUGGCGAAUGCAAUUCAUUGGAAAAAUCGAUUUUGACCGUCCAAUCUGCUUCAAAGAUUAUGAGUGAGAAACGAGUUAACACCAAUCCGGGUGAUAAACAUGAACCCCCUCGAAAACGAGUCAAAAUGAAAGAUCUUGGAUCCCUGGUUCAUUCCUCAGAAAAGGCGAUUGGGAAAGAAAACAUUGUUCAAUCAUCAUUUGACAAUGUUGAGAUGUCGCAAACCACCAAGGUGCCUUUGACAGUGGACACGGAUGUCUCAAAAGAAGAGCAAGAUGGAAGGAGUGUAUUGGGUAGCCCCAGGCUUUUGGAUCUUAAUAAAAUUGUUGGAUUUGGUGAGAAGCUUGGUAAGGAUAAGGAAUUAUUGUCUGAGAAGCAGGAAAGAGAGCAGCGUGGUAAUAUUGUGAAUCCGAAAGGAGUUAACGUGGAUCUCAACGCAGAAGAUGAUACUAGCUCCGUGAAUGUGGAACGAGUGAGUUUUCAGAAAGAACAUGGUCAUUUUAAGUCAAAGGAUUUGUCUCAGAGUGGGAGCAGUACUGGACCUCCAAAGGAGAAAGAUCCAAUGAAGAUAUGGACGGAGAUGAAGCGAAACGGUUUUAUUUCAUCUGCUCAUGGAGGCAUUCCGGUGCCGAAGAAACGUGGGAGAAAAAGUAAGAAUGAAAUUCUUGAGCAAAAAAUGGAGCUUGCCAAGAGAGAACAAAUCAAUAGAUUUACGAAAAUUGCAGCUCCAAGUGGACUACUGAAUGAUUUAAACCCUGGGAUUAUUAAUCAUGUAAGAAAUAGAAAACAGGUCCAUUCAAUUAUUGAGGCUCUUGUAACUGAAAAACAUGAAAAUAGGAGCAAACAAGAAGCACAUCGAAUGAGUGGAGCUAUAGACAUGACAAAGAGAGACCUAGAAUGUGUGAAUGAAGAUGGGACCUUUCAUGGGUCUGCAGGUGGUAGACAAGCACGGAAGAGUCAGACAACAAAGAAUGAUUCCUCGUGGAUCUUGGAGGGUAAAGAUUGCGAUCAUGACACAUACAGUCUAGAGAAAGCUGGUCUUAAAGACUGUAUAUCAAAUGCAAGUCAUGUUACAGAAGAUGAUAUUUUAUCGCUGAAAUUGUCAUCUUCAAUGAAGGCAUCAAUGAGUUCCACCAGUAUGUCAAAUGAAGAAUCAUCAAAUGCUACUGCAGUUUCAUCUCUUUCUCUAAAAGCUGCUACUGUUGCUUCUCAAUGGUUGGAGCUUCUACAUCAAGACAUCAAAGGGCGUCUUUCGACUCUGCGUCGCAGUCGGAGGAGAGUUCGAUCUGUAAUCACUACUGAGUUGCCUUUCCUUAUGUCGAAGGAAUUUGCAGAUAACCAAGGUUAUGAUCCUUGUGGUAUGAAUAUUCCUGCAGGACUCCCCACUAGUAAAAUAGCAGAGUUGCAUCAGGCAAGAUGGACUGCUUUGUUUGAUCAUAUGGAUGAAGCACUUUCAGAAGAGGAAAAACAACUUGAAAGUUGGUUGAAUCAAAUAAAAGACAAGCAAUUGCUAUGUGAUCAGGGCCUGCAACAUGUUAACUGGAGUAAGGCUUCUGGUUUACAACAGUCGGCAACUUCAGAAAAUCACUCUAGAUCUUCACAAGUAGACAACUCAGAGAAAGAGUUAGCUGUUAAUGCAGCAGCAGCUUCCAUAUACUCAACAUGCAAUUUUCUACUGUCAGAGUUAAGUUGCAUUUGA